AUGCUGAAUCAAGAGUAUGUGGAGAAUCGAGAAUGGGCGUUUUCGCUCUGCGGUCGCUCCACGUAUUGGUCAAGAUGCUCCUCGUUUUUCAUGUCCUUUGAAGGUGCAAAGGGUCGUUGGAUUUUGGCCUCCGCCGCCUCGUGGAUGGAGAUCAAGCUUUUACGAGGAGGCAUUGCGUUGGCGUGUGGAACUAUGCAUGACAGCGCGCCAUCUCGGUGGCACGAAGCAGUGGCAACUAAGAAGGAAGGAUUGGUGUGGAACCCUGCAGCCGGUUGUUCGCAAGGAGAAUGUCUGGUUGAUCUGCAAGUGAAGGCCCAGGAUUUGUUGGCCACGAUUCCAGGGGCCUGUACUGCGGCCGUGGCUACCUCUAGACAGCCCCUCACAAAGCCUCUGCGUUUGAAUGGUGAAUUUGAUUCAUACACCGUCAAGGAUUUUGUUGAGAUCUGCACAAUCUUGCAAAACCUUCCAGCAGAUGACGGCCGCUUGGCAUCUGCUCUGCAGCAAGAGAACUUGAGUGGCUUCGAUGCAGUUUUUGCCUGCUUUUGCGCGAGCGCGGUCGCUGUAGAGGUGCAAGCAUCAAAGCUGUUUCGACCUUUGUCUCCUCAAGAGGAAGCAAGGCAGAAGCAAGAGCUUCAGAGAAUGGAGAAACAGAGUCGCAAGAUAGCAGACCAACUCAUUGCUGAAGAAGAACGAGAGAAUCGAGCUAUGAAGAAAAAAGUGGAGGCUGGAAACCUACAGUCGAAGAAAAAGAAACCAAAAGCCAGGAAGGGAAAACGACCUGAGAAAGCCGCGUCGCAGGCUGAUGCGAAUGUGGUGGAAGCUUCUGAUGAAGAGACCCAAACUCAUGACUUCAACGCCAUUGCAUUCGGGGGGGAGGAUGUCUCCGAGCCCGUUGCUCGACUUCAACACAACUUUCCCAUGUUUGAUGAUGAAGUGCUCAGCACACAUCUUAUGGCGGCUGCCUAUGACAUGGAAGAAGCUGUGCUGUCCUUGUCAAAGUUCGCGGCCGAAGGUGGUGACAUCUUAGGACCUGUGGACCUUCCCGUUCGGCCUCCGCGAGUGAGGGCUGGCAAGCCUCAGAACUUGGUUGCCAACGUGGUGGCUCGGACAGAUCAUCCGGGCAUGCCUCUCUACUGCUUUGUCGCCAUGGUCGCCAAGUCCGCGUCACCAGCCUAUCGCCCGGGGCGCCUGGUCAGACCCAUCCCGGAAGACAGAUUUCGGUUGUUGGGGGAUGAAAAGGGACGUUUUUGGCUGAAGAAGAGCCGGGUGCCGGAGAUCGGAGACAUUGUUGAAAUACAUUUUUUCGAGGAGGAUGCCAGUGACUACUUGGAGAGUGCCCAUGGAGACUUUCCUCAUCAGAAUGAAGACUUGCUCUGCACCGAACUGACUCUUCGCAGCCGCUGUGUGGUUGAAAGAAACGUCUUCCUCACCGCUUCAUUGCUUGCGUCGGCUGUGGAUGACAUCGAGACAAAAUGGCCUUGGAGGAAGGCUCUUGGCAAGUUUCCAUCGGUUACUCCUGACUAUAGUGAUGAGCCGAAACGUGCACUGCUGCUCAAGCUUCUGAUGUGGUCCGUUGUCGAGGCCCUCCCUCACGUCUUGUCCUUGUUGAACUUUGGGUCCAACUCCUAUUGGUUCGGUCUCUCCUGUCCGGCUCAUUGUCAGGCCUCCUUUACCUUCAACCUCGCACUUUUCACUUCGGGGUUUGGGUUUGGUUGUGUGGCCACUUUCGCCUUCUUCUGGACUUUUGUGCUGGCUCCGGCCUCCCCGCGGCCUGCCACGGCCUCGCGUGCUACGCCACCUCCGCAACAGGUUCCUAGGCCAGGACCCGUGCCUCCACUGCUGCCAGCUUUCCUAGUCCUCGAGGGACAUUGGGCAACGCCGCUGUCGAGCGAAGUUUUCCAGCUUUUCCGCCUUGCGAGCGGUUGUCGGGGAUAUCUCUGCAUCCCGCGCUGUCUUUCACUCAUUCCCCUCGUUGGCAGAAGCAAAGGUGUAUUGCUACGGAGCCCAGCGCCCCUUGCCCAGCCUUCGCUAACAAUGCAGCUCUCCGACUUGCGGAUGGAGCCCAACAGCCUAGGAUUGUCUUGCAUCUUGAGGUGGCCCUUGGGCUCAGCUUCGGAACCAGGGCGCCAGGUCUUGUGCCUUCCCGUGAUGCAGAGGAGUGGCGGCUUUCUCGCUGCCGUCCCGGCGGCCCUUCUUGCAUCGGCUCAGGAGAACGCUGCUGCAACUCUUCCUUCGGAUGUGGUGGGACCUUUUGUCGUUCUGACGGUGCCUGGAAUAGAAGACGAAGAAGCGGGCGAGGUACCAGCAGGUGUGGACGUGGAUGUUCUGGUGGUGGACAUGGACGAGGCAGUCCUAGCUUCUAUGAGUCUUUACGAUCCGGUGACCGAUCUGGUUUUCGAAAGCUUCCUGCCCGACGCUCCUCACAUCAUGCCCCAGCCAGAGCUGCUGAUAGCUGCCGCAAAGGCCUGGGUCGAAGAGGAGGCCUCAGACCGCCUUGCAUUCUACUCUGCGCAGGAGGAGACCGCCGCGCCUCUAACUGCUUCGCCAAAAAGGCCGCCGCCCAAGAAAAGGAUCACCAUGAGCCAGUUGUCAGAACAGGUGGCCGCAAUAGCUGCCGUCAUUCCAAGCCUUGCAGACCAAAUCAGGUUGGUUGCGGAAAAGCAAGCCGCGGCGACGGCGCUCCCAGUCAGUCCGGCUCCUCUGCCCCCUGCAGGGCUGCAGCAGGAGUUUCCGACUAUCGCGGCGGCUCCCCCAGCGAUGCCCCUGCAACAGAUGGCAAAACAGCUUCCAGCUCCACGGCAAGUGCAUGUUCAGGCGCAGGUACCUUUUGCCUCCCAGGCCCCCGCAGGAUCUUCCUCAGACGGCUCCUCCCUCGCAAAAGCUGUUACUCAACAAGGGGAGGCUUUGGGUCAACUGGUGGCCCACCUUAUUGCUCAGAGCGAGACCUUGGAUCUCUCUGGCAAUUCGACCAGCUUGUCUGCAAAGGGAACGGCCAAGAGGGAGAAGUUGCAGCAGGAGCUGGCAGCAGGCAGCUCCACUUUCUUCCUUCAGGUCGUUCAAUCUGCACACCGCCGCCUCUAUCCUGCGCUGCCCCUCCCGGCCUCUGUGGAGGAGGCACAGGCCUCGGGCCGAGUGUCUUUUGUGAGUUAUCUGGAGAGGACAGGCGGCUACGACCGGUCUCGGGAUCUAGGGCUCAUGAUGAUGAUGUUGGCCGGCAUUGCAGAUGCAUUCCUAAGAGGGGACAACCGUGCCGCCCGCGAGCACACGGCGUUGGCGUUGGCUGCUACCGAGCAAGCAGCCAGCGACGCGGGGCGCUGGGACCUGGCUUUCCUGUUGAGCUUGGGGGAGGACCCGUCGCCGAACGUGUUUGCUCCCAGGCCAGCGAGCGCUGCUGGCAGGAUGAGAGCCUUCAGUCCGCUAGUGUUCGCGAGAUCGAUCUACUUGCGCAGCGUCGCCGGGAUGCGGCCAACCCCUCACGUGCCCUGCCAAGACAAGGCGAGUCCGAAUCCCAGGCUGCUCCCAAAAGAAGGCCAAGAUUCCCAAGGAAGCCCAAGGACCAGCAAUAACUGA